UUCAAAACAAACAAGAAAGCGUUGAAGGGUUAAUUAAAGUAAUUUGUUUUAAAAUAGCGACAAGGUUCCCUUUCUACUAACAGAACGAUGCAUGUAAUAUUCAUUGUAGUAAUCACAUUUUCCAACAAACAAGAAAUAAAAAAUUAUUUAACUUCAUAUUGUGGCCAGAAUUACUCAUAACCAGCAGGGUAUUAAUGGUGGUUAAUCAAUUAAUUUAUGUUAAUGUCGAGGCGCUAUAAAACCGAAAUACUGUUUAUUGUUAACUGUUAAUUAGUAUUCAAUGCGCCGCAGUAAAACCAUACUGAUAAUAGGACAACAAUGAAACUUCUGUGAUAUCAAUGAAAAGUGUGAAUAAUAUAAAUACUUUAAAACUAGUCUAACCGUCAGUACGUGCCUUCGUGCAUUCCCGAUCUGUAGUUACACUUUAAAUUUCGCAAUUUCAAAAUGAAAUUCUCAACCACUUGGCUUGCUGUCAUAAUCCUGGUUACCGUUACAAUGGACACGGCUUCCAGUAAAAGUUUACCCCAAAGCGAUUAUAUCGAUUUAUCCAGUUAUGGAACGCGAAUGUUUGGUGUGCCCUCCAGAGAAGUCGGAGUAGAGGUUGCUAAUUGGAAUCCCGAUCAGAAUCGGGGCAACCCAGAAGAAUUGGGCACUUACUUAGAAGGUGAUAUCUUAUUUCCCAGUCCAAAGUCUAGAAAUGGAUUAAUUGACGAGACAACCCGUUGGCCGAAUGCCACAGUACCAUUUGAAAUUGUUGGUGACUUUGGUAAAUUUUUAAACAAUCCGAUUAACAUUAAACCAAUUAAACCGGGCACUCGUUUAGAUGCUAGGCAAAUGGAUACGUUAGAGAAAGCGAUCAAUGCUUAUCAUGAAAACACAUGUCUUAAGUUUACGCCCAGAACGUCUUCCGACACGGAUUAUAUUUCGAUUCAGGGCACGGAUUCGGGAUGCUGGUCUAGCGUUGGUCGCGUAGGCGGGCGACAGGUGGUUAACUUACAAAAAAAUGGUUGCAUGUCUACAGUCGGAACACCCAUUCAUGAACUGAUGCAUGUAGUGGGCUUUAAACACGAACAGACUCGCGAGGAUCGUGACGAUUUUGUUGAAAUUGUCCGAGACAACAUAAAACCAGGAUACGAAAAUAAUUUCGAGAAGGCAGAUCCUGGAACGACAAGUGGCUUUGGAACGUCAUACGAUUACGGCAGCGUGAUGCACUACUCGGAUCUUGCCUUUUCGAAAAAUGGUGAACCAACAAUUGUGAAUAAGAAAAAACUCAAUGGCAAAAUGGGUCAGCGGCAUGGAUUUGCUAAAAGUGACAUUAAAAGGAUCAACAAUAUGUACAACUGUAAGAUGACAACAGCAUCAUCCGGUUAUAAGCUAAUUGUUAAACUGACUCAAUCUGUUAGCGGCGGCAUCAAUGACAUAUUAAACGAAUUUAUGGGUGUGUUUAAGGAUGAAACAACUACAACAAUGUAGAAAAUGUCUCUACAGCUCUAUCGACAUUUCGGUGGCAUCUCUGUGGCUAGAUUGUGUAAGAAGUUUAUUUACAAAAAGGUAUGUUCAUCCUAAAUUGGAAAGAAUUGGGAAAUUUUGGAGGGCUUGGUCGCUGAAUUGCGAAAAAAAAAGUUUAUUAACAGAAAUUUGUGUUCACGAUCACACGGAAUUUGGAUGACAAAAUCUUGGAGAUGAUAGGUACAGUAACAUUUUGUAAUUUAAUUGAGAAUAAAUUCAAUUAUUUUUACAACUGAUUGAUUGCCGAAUUUCGCAAUGAUUUUAUUAAAAA